AAACAGAGCAAUGAAGUGGGUGAGAGGAUCUAUGUUAGGAAAAGGCAGUUAUGGUAUUGUCAGUUUAGCUAUUCCUCUCUUCAAUUCUCAGUUUCAAUUCCCUCCACUCAUAGCCGUUAAAUCGACAUUGCUCUCCCAAUCUUCUUCACUUCAGAAAGAGAGACUCAUUUUAUCAGAAUUACAAGACUGCUCUCAAAUCCUUCACUGUUUCGGAGACGACACCACCACUGAAAACGACCAAAUGGUCUACAACCUCUUUCUAGAGUACAUCUCUGGCGGGACCCUUGCCGAUCGUAUCAGCAGCUCCAGCACUGGAAGAUUGCCGGAAUCUGAUGUCCGUUGCUACGCGAAGUCGAUUCUGAAGGGGCUUGAUUACAUGCACAAGAAGGGAUAUGUUCAUUGCGAUAUUAAGCCAUCCAACAUACUUGUUUCUUCAGCUUCUGAUGUAAAGAUUGCUGACUUUGGGAUGGCGAAGAAGGCCAACGAGAAGAUUAAAGAUAGGAAAUUCUGCUUGUUUGGGACCCCCUUGUAUAUGGCGCCAGAGUCGGUGACCCGGAACCAAUAUGAAUCACCGGUGGAUGUGUGGUCGCUAGGUUGUGUGGUGGCAGAGAUGUUUUCUGGGAAGCCGGUGUGGACAUGUACCGAGAAUACUAAUAUGAAUUCCAUUCUGUUCCGAAUUGGGUCUGGCAAGGAGUGGCCUGAGAUUCCUCAGGAGUUAUCAAAUGAUGGGAAGGAUUUCCUGGGUAAGUGUUUUAUAAGGGAUCCUUCAUAUAGAUGGACAGCUGAGAUGCUACUGAACCACCCGUUCAUCGUUGAGGAGUCAAUGGAAGGAGGUGGAGUUGGUGUGGCUGUGAAUACUGCUUCGUCUCUCUGUUCUGCUUUGGAGACUUUCACUGGUUUUGAAGGAGAAUCGGACCAGUCAACUGGUUCUUAUUCCAUGGUGGCCAAUCAGAUUCACGAGCUAGCGGCUGGGUUGGCACUGGAUUCAUCAUCAUCGUAUGAUGAUAAGAGUGAUGUUAGGGGAGCAGUCAUCUCUAUUUGUCAGGGAAGGUGA